CUGUGUUGUAAACAGACGGUGUUCAGACACGGAGCUCAACUCUGGGUGGAUCCGACCAGAACUGGGACUGACCCCGAAAAAAACACGAUGCACUGAGUAAACAUCAUUCAAUAAGGAAGGACUCAAACCACUUCACCCUCUUCAAAGUCAAACGGAAAGUGGGUCCUGUCCCAUAUCUACAAUGACAGCCCUCGAGGACAGUGACAUGCACACCCUAGGCUCGGAGCUGCCUGCCAUGUUUGAUGGCGUGAAGCUGGCAGCAGUGGCAACGGUCCUGUACAUCAUUGUCCGCUGUCUGAACCUGAAGAGUCCCACAGCUCCACCAGAGAUCACCUACCAGGACACAGCGCUCAGCCACUACCUACUCAAAUCCUGCCCACUGCUGACCAAAGAAUACAUUCCUCCCUUGCUGUGGGGGAAGAGUGGUCAUCUCCAGACAGCCCUUUAUGGCAAGAUGGGACGUGUCAACACUCCAACACCCUGCGGGGUCCGCAAGUUUCUCCCUAUGCAGGACGGAGCCACAGCGACCUUUGACCUCUUUGAAGCACUUGGAGACCACAGCACAGGAGAUGACAUUACCAUGGUAAUCUGCCCCGGGAUCGGUAACCAUAGCGAGAAGAACUACAUUCGUACCUUUGUGGAUCACUCCCAGCGGCAGGGUUACCGCUGCGCCGUCCUCAACCACCUGGGGGCUCUGCCCAACAUGGAGCUCACCUCGCCGCGCAUGUUCACCUACGGAUGUACUUGGGAGUUUGCGGCUAUGGUGGGCUACAUCAAACGGGCCUUCCCUGAGACACUGCUGGUGGUUGUGGGCUUCAGCCUUGGGGGAAACCUUGUUUGUAAGUUCCUGGGUGAGAACCAGUCAAACCAGGACCGAGUGCUAUGCUGUGUCAGCGUUUGUCAAGGGUACAGCGCCCUCAGGGCUCAGGAAACAUUCCUUCAGUGGGACCAGUGCCGGAGGCUGUACAACUUUGUGUUGGCUGACAACUUGAAGAAGCUCAUCCUGUCACACAGGAACAGUUUGCUGAGCUUGAGCUCCAGCAACAUUGGUGAUGCAGACCUGAGCAGACUGUAUGCAGCCACCUCUCUGAUGCAGAUCGAUGACAGCAUUAUGAGAAAAUUCCAUGGCUACAGCUCCUUGAAGGAGUACUAUGAGAAGGAGAGCUGUGUGCACUACAUCCACAAAGUCACUGUGCCUCUCCUCCUGGUAAACUCCUCAGACGACCCGCUAGUCCAUCAGUCACUCCUGGCUAUUCCACGCACACUCACAGAGAAGAUGCCCAAUGUGAUAUUUGCCCUGACCCAACACGGAGGCCACCUGGGCUUCUUUGAGGGAGCUGUGUUGUUCCCUCAACCCCUCACCUGGAUGGACAAGGUCAUUGUCGAGUACACCGACGCCAUCUGCCACUGGGAGAAGAACAGGCCAGUCUGUCAGAGGAGCAGCCAUCAGGACAUGAACUCCUGCCUGCAGAGCACAAGGGUCACACUCAGUGGGUAACACUUACUGUACAUAGAGUCUGAAGACCAAACUAUAGACCAAAAUGAUAAAAGAUGCACAGGCAAACACUCAGCCCUCUAUAUUUUCUCUACUUUGGCACUAAUGGUCUUAAAGUUAAAUGAGUAAUUCUGGGAAAUGUAGGAAACCAUUAGAUGGAUUUGACAAGGCAGGCAGCAAAUUGGAAGUUAAAACUCACAGACAUAAUAAAAGCUGAGUGUAAUUUGAGCCUGUGCUGAAUUGUUCCUUCCUCAUUUGUUCUCAGUUAAUCUCCAGUGCAACAAUAGUUUGCCCUCUGCUGGUUUUUGGCAGGUGUUGCCUCUUGAUUCUGGACAGCAGGGUGAUGUAGUUGGCAGGAAGGUGACGCAUGAAUGUAAACCUGUGAGUACAAAGAAGAAAAUUGAGAUUUUCCUACAUUAAUUACUAUUGAAAAUGUUCCCAGAUAUUCAUACGAAAACUUGAAUGUCAUCUUACACACAAAUUGGACCUGUAGUCCUACUUAAGUGAGAGGGACCUUCAACCCUUUCUGAAGUCUUAAAAUCUUAACAAUAAUAUAUGUUCAAAUAUAUCUGAUGCCCCACAUCAGUCACAUUUUCAAGUAUAUUGUGGUUACCUGUUUAAAAAAAUCUUUUAGAAUUUAACUUGAAAAGUUCUCGACCAGAUUUAAGUGCCUUGAUAUAAAUGUGAGUCUGCAGCAGAUUUGAGUUUCGGCUUCUCGUGAAUCAUUGAGCCGCCUCUGAUGAGCAGCAGUUAUGACAUGAUUUAUGGUUUACAGUGGUGAUUUUCAGCCGUUGUUAAGGCUCAAAAUAACAUCUGUUGCGUUCAGAUUGUGAUUUUAAAUUCCUUAAUCGUAUUUUAAAUGUUCUUGAUCUUGUUUGUUUCCUUUGAGAGAACUAUGCUGUUUUAUUGUAUAUUCUGUUAAAUGGUUGGUUUAUUUAUUUGUUUUAUUGCAUCAUUUUGCUCAUUUUGACACCACUCUCCAGUUUUUCACUUUGUGUUUCCAUUGUUUGUGGUGGACCAUCAAACUGCAUCCUUGCUCCUUCAAAAUAAAAGAAUCAUGCCCCUGCAGGUUUUUAAAGAGGUUUAGGAGUUACAAAAAUUCAGACAGACAGAAAUUGUAGUUUUUCUACUUAAUAACACUUUUCUAACAGUCAGUGUUGUUGAAUGGAAAUAUGGGCUCUUCAUACAAACUAGCUUUAACAUUGUACUUCUGUAGGUCAGCCUGUCCCAUGAAUUAUCCCACAGAACCCAAAAACCCAACACUAUGAUGCCUCCUGAUGCAGGGUGAUUGAAAGAAAUUUCAAUCACUGUUUCCAUGGAUUACCACAGAAAAUGUUCUUUGAUGCAUCUAUAAAUCAGGGCAGGAGGUAAUCGGAAAAAAACACUGUACUUACGCUCAGGACAGAGCUGCAUGAUGCUUACAGAUGUUACAGCAGGCAGGAGAGAAGAGAGUGCAACUGGGACAUAAACAGUAAGUCUAUAAAAUGAGAAAUCCAAUGUUGGACUCUCAAUUUAUGCACUUACCAAACAAAUAGACUAAAGGACUUUCCACUUUUCAAUAAAAUACAGCUUGACUUUGCCACAAACCUGUUAAAGGCAAAGUGGAGGUCUCAUAUUAGAUAACACUUUAGACGAGGGCUAAUCGCUGAGUGACCACAGUUUUUUGAGGGUUUGCUUUAAGCUGCUUAUUACAACAUACCAGAUGGGUGGUGUGCGCCAUGUUUUUUUCUUCAUGAAAACAGAAAAAUACCGGACAAAACUUACCUCUGUGUCUCAUGAUACAUUUUAUUUCCUUGAGGUAAAGGUAUGAUAAAGGUAUUAAACACUGACACAAUAGGUUUUUGUGUGAGUUUUAUGUGCAGGAAUUCUCUUUGUUUUUCUGUGGUGUAUUGUAGCCUUUUUCAUUAUCAUUUUAAGAAGUGCCUGUUUGAUAUGAAUCAGUUUCCUGUGAGUAACAUCCUGUCACACAUAGUGGAAAUGUGGACUCCACCCAAGUUCAUGCAUGUCUUAUUAAUACCAUUUUCAGCCAUCAUACACCACUUCAAUUCUCUCUCUGCCCUUUGAAGCUGAAGCCAACCUGUCAGCAAGCAGCACAACUCCAUCUGUAUGUGCAUUAUGUCCUGACUGUUAUAGAUAUGGACUGUUUUGCUUGGACUUUACGGUUCCUAUUGCACUGUAUGACAAUAUAGUAUGUAUCAACAUAUGGAUGUAACAUUUAUAAUUUAAUCAUGUGUUUUGUGCUGAUGUGGUACACAGCCUUCACUGAUAUUUGAUCUCACCCAUUAAUAAGUAUUUUUCACAAACAUUUACGUCUGUUUAUUUGAACCUAAUCUAGAUUUUAUGUUUUCUUAAUUUGUAGAUUAAAACAAA